UCUUCUUUUCUUCUCUCUGUCUAUCUUUUUUUUUUUUUUCACUCUUUUUUCCUGGCCUAUAUACGCGAUGAUCGUCAAUUAGAAAACGGUCCAAGACGGGAGGCAAAACGACCGCAGCAGAAGCCCAUACUGCAGCUAAGGGCUCGUCCACCCGAGGAUGAGCAAAAAGGGUGGCUACUACUGCGCCUUCAAGAACUGCCGGGGUCUGUCGAGGCGCGACAAGCGCAGCUUCUUCCGCUUCCCCAAAGAUCCCCAGAGGUCGAAGCAAUGGGUGAGGGCGUGCGACCGGGGGGACCUCCUGGAGAAGACGCCGCUCGAGUUGUUCAACAGCUACAGGGUGUGCGCUAAGCACUUCGCCGACACGAUGUUCCUCAACGACCUGAGAAACAGACUGCAGCCGAAUUCCGUGCCGAUGCAGCUCGAGCCGCCCGAGGAGACGGCCGUCGAGGACUCGCCCGACCAGCAGCUCCUCCAGUCCGACACGUGCCAUCAGGACACCGUUGCCAAACUGCUCGGCAAUUGCAUUUUACAAAAAAUCUCGGCGGACGAAUUUUUCAAAGCCACGGGCAUCCGAAUAAACGAGCCCGCCCCCGACGAGUGCCCGCAAAACACAAACCAACACCCAUCACCCGACCACAUUUACUCGAGCAAAAAAUCCAACAACAACAACAACAACGCAACAGCAGCAGCAGCCCUGGCCAUCGACAUAGACAACGACAACCCGAGCAAUUUCUCCAUCGAGGCGCUAAGCUACCACGACCUCAUAAACUCCCUGCCAACGUCGCUGAUCAACGCCCCCGGCGCCGAGUCACCCGAGCUCCCCGACGACAUACUCGACGACCUGCACCAGCCGAUGCUGCUCGGCAACAUAACCAACGCCUUCGACUCCCUGGAAGCCAUUCGACAAGCAGACGACCGAGUCCGCAUCAAAGAGGCCUGCACUCAGACCGAAGACGACGAGGACAGCGCUUGUUGCGACAACGACUACGGCGUCUCGGUGGAGAGCACGGUGAUGAAGCCGGGCAAGAGGACGGGGAAGCACCUGCGCGGCGGCAAAGGGGACAAGGCGAGGGAGGUGGCACCGGGGUGCCGGAAGGGCGGCCUGGAGAGCGUCACCCUCGAGCAGUACGAGCUGCUCACCGAGAGGUUCUUCCCGAGGGAGACGUCCGAGUUCAUAAAGGUGCAGGCCCAAUUGUUCAAGAAAAAGACCGCCGACCGGGAGUACUCGCCGGGGUUCAAGAGGCAGUGCCUCGCCCUCUUCCUCGCCGGGCCGCGCACCUACAAGAACUUGCAGAAGCUGUUUUGCCUGCCGGGAGUGCGCGACCUCCAGACGCUUAAAUACUGAGCUGGGAGUUUUUUUUUUUUUUUUUUUCAACUCAUCUAGAUGUUUUUGUUUUUGCA